AUGAGGAAGUACCGGUUGGUAGCCAAAAAGGGAGAGGGGACCUUCAGCGAGGUGCUCAAGGCGCAGAACGUCAAGGACGGGAAGUACUAUGCCAUCAAGUGUAUGAAGAACAGGUUCGACAGUAUUGAUCAGGUGAACAACUUGCGAGAGAUCCAGGCAUUGAGGCGACUUAGCCCAAACCAGCACGUGAUCACUCUGGAGGAAGUGCUGUACGACCAGCCCACCGGAAGACUUGCGCUUGUGUUUGAGCUCAUGGACGCUAACCUUUACGAGCUCAUUCGAGGGAGACGACACUACCUCAAUGGCCAGCUGGUGCGAAGCUACAUGUACCAGCUGCUGAAGGCGUUGGAUCACAUGCACCGGAAAGGGAUCUUCCACAGGGAUAUCAAGCCGGAGAACAUCCUGAUCGAGAGCACAAACGACCUGGGCAGGGGCCUAAAGCUGGCGGAUUUCGGCUCGUGUAGAGGCAUCUACUCCAAGCAGCCUUACACGGAGUACAUCUCUACUCGGUGGUACCGAGCUCCGGAGUGUCUCCUCACGGAUGGCUACUACGGCCCGGAGAUGGACCAGUGGGGGGCGGGCUGCGUCUUCUUUGAGAUAACCAGCUUGUACCCCCUCUUCCCGGGGACCAACGAGCUGGACCAGAUCGGUAGAGUCCACAAGGUGUUAGGAAACCCUUCCGGCGAGGUGUUGGGGAAGUUCAAGCAGAACGGGGCGGCGCACGUAGACUUCGACUUCGCGACGCAGAAGGGCAUCGGCGUGGCGCAGCUGAUACCCCACGCGUCGACGGAGUGCGUCGACCUCAUCACUAAGCUGCUGAGGUACGACUGGUCAGAUCGCUGCACCGCCAGGGAGUCGUUGAGGCACCCAUACUUCCGAGAGAUCCGAGAGGUCGACCUAAGAAAGGCACAGGCUGAAUCGACCUCGAAGCUAGCGAGGGGGACGACGGAAGAUGCCGCAGGCGGGGGCGACCCGGCAACGGUAGCUAGCACCGGCCGGGCCCCUCAGACGCGCGGGGCCCCCGGGGGGGGGGGGGGGGGGGGGGGGGGUGCGAACCACGGGACCGGGGCAGGAGGGGGCGCCGGGGGAGGGGGAGGAGGAGGAGGGAGAUACAGAGGGCAGGCGGUCGGGCAGGGCGGAUCCAAGGCGUCCUCGAAGAAAAAGAAGAAGAAUCGCGGCUACUACGACAGCAACAUUCGGAGCAAGUACAACGGGAUGAGCAACGGCGGCGGAGGCGGAGGCGGAGGUGGAGGCGGAAACGGUUUCGGGGGGGCCAAGGGGCACAGGAUCACCUCUCGGAGCAGCUUUUCGUUGAUGCAAGCCGCCGGGGGGGGCGGGGGGGCGAUGGGUAGCAAUAUCGGUUAUGGCGGCAACGGCGGGGCAGGCGGCGGCAAUGGAGUCCCCGGGGGCAUGGCGGCCCAGGCGCCGGAGCGGGCGAGAGUCGGGAAAAACACCUCGCGGUAUCGCCAAUUGCGCUGA